AUACUGAAGAAAUAUGACAAGAGGACUGGGGGGUUGCUGAGGCCACCAUUCAUACAGAAAGAAUUGGAGCAACCCUAUUACGCCACGGAUCAAAUCUCAAAACCGGUGAAGAAAUGCGAGGGAAUGAUGGACGUGGUGUUCCCGGCGGUAGAGGAAGAACUAGCGGAGAGAGCCAUGGAAGCGAGAGACGCUAUUACGUUGGCCGGAGAAGGCAUCUUCAGGAACACUGUGGCGGCUCUUCUGACCAUCCAGGAGAUCAGAGCAGGAAGCUCCACUCAGAGUGCCUUCUCUUUGCCUCCUCUGAACAUGCCUGAUUCUCUCCUCAUUCAGGCCAUUCAGCAAAUUCCAUCAUCCCCACCAAUUGAUACCAUACAUAGAAUGUAG